GGCGGGUGGGAAUUUAUUUGAAAAUAUGGCAACCAAUAAGAGCACGACUGAAAAGCACAAGGAGGUACGAGCAUGGCUGCAGUGUAAGUUUGCCGGUGAGACAAUCCCUCCAUACGAAAUCAGAGAGGAGAUAGUGGAAGAACUAUACAGGCUAAUGAAGAGGAAUGAGGCAAAAGACAGUGAGAUUCAGCUGGUGAUAGAUGACUUGAGACAGGCAACCAGUGAAUACAAGGCAGAAGCCCAGAGGGAGGGGAGGAUAUUAAAUCAGGUUGGCUUCACCCCAGCUGCCUUAUCUCAGUCAGGAGUGACCAGUCUUCAGACUCUGAAUGGUGUUGCUAAUGCUCUAAAGCUGCGAGACACCUCAGAUACCAGUUACUUGUUGGGCCUGGCUGAACUGAGUGAUGAAACAUUUAAAGUGGCAGAGGCAAGGAAAAAUACACAGCACUUGACGCAUCAGUUACAGAAAAAAACUAAAGCGGUCAAUAUCCGGGAAAAUGAGCGUAAACAAGAACUUUCAACCUUGGAUGAACAGGCAGCCCAACAGGAGUCUGAAUUCAAGACUAAGGCCAAGGAGGUUGGGUUUUUACAGAUGAAAGCCAAGCAGUAUAGCUCAUCCCUGGACAAAACAAAGGCUGUCCUUGGCCAGAGGGGUCUUCAGCCUUCCCUGUUCCACAGAGAGCUGGUGAAGAAAGCAGAGGAAAUUCAGAAAGUGGAGGACAAGCUCAUACCCAUGAGAGCUAAGCUGAAGACCUACAAUUCUUUACCACCUGAUUUAAUGCUGACUAAAGCCAAGAUUGAGACACUGAAGAAAGACCUGGAUGAAUUACAAGCUGAAUUAAUGGAGGGAAUAGAGGAGUUGCAUUUAUGACAGAGACGGGCUGUAACUGACAACGUGCUGAUUUCUGCCACAUCACACCUGUGUUCAUCACCAGCUGCCAAGAACUUGUAUGCUGGAACGUGUAUGGAGAACUCAUAUGUUGGUGCAAAUGUAUUGACAACUCAUGUGCUGGAGCACGUGUAUUGAGAACUCGUGUUUUGGAGCACGUGUAUUGAGAACUCGCGUUUUGGAGCACGUGUAUUGAGUGUUGACAAUUCAUGUGCUGGAGCAUGUGUAUUGGCAACUCAUGUGCUGGAGCAUGUGUAUUGACAACCCAUAUGCUAGAGCAUGCAUAUUGACAACUCGUGCUGGAGCUCAUGUAUUGACAACAUGUGUGCUGGAGCAUGUGUAUUGACAACUCAUGUGCUGGAGCAUGUGUAUUGACAACUCAUGUGCUGGAGCUCAUAUAUUGACAACUCUUGUGCUGGAGCAUGUGUAUUGACAACUUGUACACUCAACUCACCAGACUUCUUCAACAGCAUAUCACCACAAUCUCAUUAUUAAAAACUGGCCUUGAACUUUGCGCAGAAAUGAUAUGAAAGUAUCACUACAAUGGACAUAUUUUAACUUUGUAACUAUGACGUUAUUGUGUGAUGUAGUAUACAAUCAAUACAUAUAACCAUACAUUUCUUACAUACAGAAUUUCUGUGUUUAUUGACAUUGUCUGGCUAAAAGUAUUCUGGCUGCUACAAUAGUAUGCAUGUAUAGUGUCCUGUCUCAUUAAGCAAAUUAAAUUAUUAAGC